AUGGGAACCCACCAACCCCUUCCUAGACCCUACUGCUCUGGUUCCUAUUACUUCCCUCCCAAUGCCUUAGAUGAUGAAGGAGACUCAAUGGAAUCACUGUUCCUACCCUUGAUCCUGACCCCCAACCCUCAACCCUCACCCCCUUUACCAACCCAUGACCACACUGAAACCAGGGCACCCAUCUUCACCUGCCCUGCUCCCUCACUGGUUGUAGUAGGAGAGACUGGGCCUGACAAAGAGACAAUCAAAGAGGACCUAUCCAACUCCAUUCAUGCACCUAGGAAUGACAAAGACACCACAAUGUCUGAGAAUCCCUCACUCAUUAAUCCCUCCACCCCCUACCCAUACCAGUCCCUCCAAACCUGCUGCUCCCACUGA